ACACCUGGAACCGCACCCCGGGCCGGGCGGAGGCGGAGAAGGGCGGCCCCGGGAGAGACCUGGCCCGGAGGAUCGGCGGGACUCUGGCAAGGCCCGGCGGCAAGGGCGCGGCGAAGCGAGGCGAUGGCGCGGAGCCCGAGCGGCCGGUGCACCCUACUGCUGCUGUUGCAGCUGCUGGCGGUGGUCUGCUUGGACUUUGGAGAUGGACUUCACUUAGAGGUCUUCAGCACGAGAGGUGAAGACAGACUGUUCACUAAGCGCACUCACUUGGUUCGUCAAAAGAGAGCCUGGAUCACUGCCCCUGUGGCUCUUCGGGAGGGAGAAGACCUUUCCAAAAAGAACCCAAUCGCCAAGAUACACUCUGACCUUGCAGAAGAAAGGGGAAUAAAGAUCACCUACAAGUACACUGGGAAGGGAAUUACAGAGCCACCCUUCGGUAUAUUCGUGUUUGAUAGGAACACAGGAGACCUGAACAUCACCAGUAUUCUUGACCGGGAAGAAACGCCAUUUUUCCUGCUGACAGGCUAUGCCUUGGACUCCAGAGGAAACAACCUGGAGAAGCCCUUAGAACUCCGCAUCAAAGUUCUGGACAUCAAUGACAACGAGCCAGUGUUCACACAGGAGGUCUUUGUUGGGUCCAUUGAGGAACUGAGUGCAGCACAUACACUAGUGAUGAAAAUCACCGCGACGGAUGCAGACGAUCCUCAGACCCUGAACUCUAAAAUCUCCUACAGAAUUGUCUCUCAGGAGCCUGCAAACACUCCUGUGUUCUACCUAAAUAAAGACACGGGGGAGAUCUACACAACCAGCUUUGCUUUGGACAGAGAGGAACACAGCAGCUAUUCCUUGACAGUGGAAGCGAGAGACGGUAACGGGCAGAUAACAGACAAACCCGUGCAACAAGCCCAAGUUCAGAUUCGCAUUUUGGAUGUCAAUGACAAUAUACCUGUGGUGGAAUACGGAACGUACGAGGGGGUAGUGGAAGAAAACCAGGUCAAUGUAGAAGUCAUGCGGAUCAAAGUGACCGACGCGGAUGAAGUGGGCUCGGAUAACUGGCUAGCAAACUUUACGUUCGCAUCAGGAAAUGAAGGGGGCUAUUUCCACAUCGAGACUGACACACAGACUAACGAAGGCAUCGUGACCCUUGUCAAGGAAUUGGACUAUGAAGAAAUGAAGAAGCUGGACUUGAGCAUCCUUGUCACGAACAAAGCAGCUUUCCACAAGUCCGUUGUGAGCAAGUACAAGGCCACGCCCAUUCCCAUCACUGUCAAGGUCAAGAACGUGGUCGAAGGCAUUCAUUUCAAGAGCAGCACAGUCACCUUCCGAGCUAGUGAGGCGAUGGAUCGAUCCAGCCUCAGCCGGUCGAUUGGAAAAUUUCAAGUUUUCGAUGAAGACACUGGAAAGGCAGCUGAUGUAACGUACGUAAAAGUGCAAGACACCGACAACUGGGUCUCUGUGGACUCUGAAACUUCAGAGAUUAAGCUGGUAAAGAUUCCCGACUUUGAAUCUCGACACGUCCAGAAUGGCACCUACACUGUAAAGGUUGUCGCUAUAUCCAAAGGUCACCCUCAAAAAACCGUCACUGGCACCAUCCUUAUCAAUGUUGAAGACGUCAAUGACAACUGUCCCGUACUGGUGGACUCAGUACGGAGUGUCUGUGCGGAUGCACCGUAUGUGAACGUCACUGCGGAAGACUUGGAUGGACCCCGGAACAGUGGGCCAUUCACCUUCUCCAUCAUUGACCAGCCUCCCGGAACGGCACAGAAGUGGAAAAUCACGCACCAAGAAAGUACCAGUGUGCUGCUGCAGCCAAGCGAGCGGAAGCUUGGGAGAAGUGAGAUUCCCUUCCUCAUCUCCGACAGCCAGGGUUUCAGCUGCCUGGAGAGGCAAGUCCUCCAGCUCACCGUGUGCGAGUGUCUGGAGGGCGGUGGCUGUGUGGCUGCGCUGUAUGACAACUACGUCGGUUUGGGCCCCGCCGCGAUCGCCCUCAUGAUUCUGGCUCUCCUGCUUCUGCUGCUGGUGCCGCUCUUGUUGUUGAUGUGCCACUGUGGAGAGGGCGCCAAAGGCUUCGCCCCCAUUCCCGGGACCAUAGAGAUGCUGCAUCCUUGGAACAAUGAAGGGGCACCACCCGAGGACAAGGUGGUGCCAUCGCUUCUGGUGACUGAUCACGUGGAGAACUCGGGAGUGAGAGGCGGCGGCGGCGGCGGCGGCGGCGGCGUAGGAGGGGUGAAGCUCAAGGAAGGCGUGAGUAGCUCAGCCUCCAUUACCAAAGGGCAGCAUGAGCUAAUUGAGGUUGACGGAAGAUGGGAAGAACACAGAAGCCUCCUCACUAGUGGGCUCACUCACCAUGUAGCCACCGCAGGAUCCAUCGCUGCCAAUGACACCACAAUAAGGACAACAAGAGCCACUGGGGCGUCCAGAGACAUGAGCGGGGCUCGAGGAGCCGUUGCCAUGAAUGAGGAACUCUUGAGAAGUUACUUCACAGAGAAAGCAGCUUCCUACGCCGGGGAAGACGACUUUCACCUGGCCAAAGACUGCCUUCUCGUUUACUCCCAGGAAGACACGGACUCUCUCCGAGGCUCCGUCGGGUGCUGCAGUUUUAUCGAGGGAGAGCUCGACGAUCUGUUCUUAGAUGACCUGGGGCCGAAAUUCAAGACCCUAGCCGAAGUUUGCCUAGGUCGAAAGAUCGAUAUGGAUGUGGACAUUGAACAGAGGCAAAAGCCGGUCAGAGAAACAAGUGUGAAUGCAGCUCCCGGCUCUCACUACACACAAGUGACAGCCAGCUCAGAGAGCACGUAUUCCUCUAACAGUGGCUUCCAAGCCCCCAAACCUCUGCAUGGAGCACACACAGAGAAAGUCACACAGGAAGUUGUCACUGAAAGCUCUGUGUCUUCCAGGCAGAGUCAAAAGGUAGUACCACCACCCAAUCCUGUGGCUUCAGGUAACAUUAUAGUGACGGAAACUUCCUAUGCCGCGGGAUCAGCGGUGCCACCCAGCACUGUGAUCCUGGCUCCUAGACAGCCACAGAGCCUUAUUGUAACAGAGAGGGUGUACGCACCAGCCUCCACCUUGGUGGACCAGCACUAUGCCAAUGAAGAAAAUGUCCUUGUUACCGAACGAGUGAUCCAGCCUAAUGGAGGCAUCCCUAAGCCCCUUGAGGUCACCCAGCAUCUGAACGAUGCUCAGUAUGUCAUGGUGAGGGAAAGAGAGAGCAUCCUGGCUCCCAGCUCAGGCGUGCAGCCCACUCUGGCAAUGCCCAGUGUGGCAGCAGGAGGGCAGAAUGUCACUGUCACAGAAAGAGUACUGACUCCUGCUUCCACUCUGCAGUCCAGUUACCAGAUUCCCAGUGAAGCCUCCAUCAAGGCUAGGAAGACGGUGCUGUCCAGUGUGGGAGGCAUGGGCCCGCUGCCCAAUUUAGAUUUAGAGGAGUCUGGUCCUCCCAACUCUACUGUAACCACGUCUUCCACCAGGGUCACCAAGCAUAGCACCGUGCAGCAUUCUUACUCCUAAAGAGAAGCCAGCCGCAGUCUGAUUCGGAGCUUAACCAGGUUCCACUGGGUGUGUUUUUCCUUCCGUGUCCCUAAUGUCAUAUGAGCCGCACAAAGACUUGCACGUUGGGAAAGCUCAUCGGCAUGCCAAAGACACGGUGUCUCAGGCAGGGUCGUAUUUCAGAAAUGCUCUGUGAUUACUGGGGGGGGUGGAGUUAAGAUGCUAGUUCCUAAGUGCCUUCUAGUGCAUUCUGCAAGCAAUACUCACCUACAGGACAUGGAAAAUUGGCUUCUAAGAACUUACCAAAUUAAAGCACAGUUUCUAAUUAAUCUGGUCCAGAAGGAUGGCUCUCUGCACAAUGCAUUGAUAUUCAGCAGGGACAGUUCCAACCCUAAUAUUAUAGAACCACACAGGUUCUGGGUACCAAAUAGCACAUCCAUCCAGAGACACGUCUCCAUUCUGCCGUUCUGGGCCUUCAACUUCAGUUUCUGCUUCACUUUAACGCUGGAACCCUGAGUGCACUGGAGAAAACAGAAAGGAAGAAACGCUGGAGCCCUUUUUAAUGUAAAGUUGACAGAACUUCAGAGCGCUAGAGGGAUAAGGACACAUAUUGUGUACUUCUCUGCACAUAACAUGUCCUGUAAGCUUAAAAAAUGACUUCAUAUUUCUCCUCGCUUAUCAGAGGUUGUGAAAAUGUUGAGCAUUUCAAAUUAGUUUUAUAAUCCAUGACAGCCAAACGUGACGGUGCAUGCCCAGAACUCAAGAGGCAGGCAAAUCUCUCCGGGUUCAAGGUCAGCCUGGUCUAUAUAAAGAGUUCCAGAACAGCCAGGGCUACAUAGAAAAACCCUGUUUCAAAGAACAAACAACAACAAAAGCAAUACUAGUCAUAACCCAGGAUAAAACUCAUAGUCAACUUUUCCGUGACAAUAUAGUAGUCUACUAAGAAAAACCUCAUCAUAUAUUUGUUUCCUGGCUACAAGUUAGUGCCCUUAGGGCGGGACAAAUGAGCACAUUACUACUCUUGCAGACAAGCCUACUUCAGUUUCUGAUGUCCACACACUGUGCCUCACAACCACCUCUAAUUCCAACUCAGGGGAUGCCCUCUGAUGGACUCCAAAGACGUCACACUCACGCAGUUGAGUGUUAGUGACCUGCCAUAUCUCCCUCUUGCCAUUGACUGCCUUACAUCCUCAGUGCCUCUCACAGGGCCCAAGCCGGGAUCUAUGGGUCAAGAUAAGUUCCACAAACCACUCUUUUACAUUUAGUCAGACAUCAAGAAGACUCAAUAGUUCCAUAAUUCUGAAUCACGGUAUCUGAAAGUAAUUGUCUGGUCAUGACUUGAUAUAUAUAAAGUAAAUGUUUUAUCAUAAAUUGGCCCAAUUUCAUCCAGCUUCCUUGCCUUGUUUCUUUAAGGAAGUUGUUGUUUGGGUUUUACAGAACAUCAAUGGAAAGUAUUAUAUAGUAAAACUUGGCUUCUAAAAAGUAAUGUUUCAAAACAUAUCAGUCAUAUUUCUAUCCAUAUUUCUCAUCCAAAAAUAAAUGUUGAAAACCAUCAAAUUUCUGGAUAUUUUGCUAGGAGAAUAAAAUUCUACACUUACAUUUUGUAGGCCUUUUUAAAAUGUUGUUUACAUGAAUUGUGUUGUGAAAAAAGUUGUACCGUGCACCCUAACUGAUUCGGGAGGUGUUCUUAUUUGCAUGAUCUGCUCUGUGGGGCAGAGGUCACCUUAUUCCUCUGAUCUGGAAUUGUUUACUUUCUACAGAGUAAGCUUUGUGGGGAUUUUGCUUUCUUUUUCAUUGUAGCUGAUGUCAUUUUGCCAAGUGUGCACAGGAAUUGUCCUACUGUGUGAAGUUAUAGAUUCAUGCUAAAAACAAAACCUAAAACUCAAUCUUGGACUCCCACGGUGGGUAGGUUUAAGGCCCCACUCCUCUUUUGUACAGAGUAUAAUCUUCCUUGUGAUUUCCAUUAGUUUUUAAUGUUUGUUCCUUGAGAGGGUUGCAUUUGUGUGUGUGAUAUAUUGUAAUAAAAAGGCCAUCUUCCUUCA